AUGAAAUCUCUAAUUCAAUCCGUCGAACAUUUCUGUUCAUUUUCUCCGAAGAAGUUGCUCCGCCGCAGGCCGAAAUCCAAGUCGACCUCCUCCGGUUCCGGGUCCGGGUCCGGGUCCCCCAAAUCGGCGUCAACCGUCGCGCCGCCGCGGGAGGAGGAGCUGCGGGAGGUGUUCCGCCGCUUCGACUCCGACGGGGACGGGAAGAUCUCGGCGCUGGAGAUCCGAUCGUACUUCGCGUCGGUUGGGGAGUACAUGUCGUUCGAGGAUGCUCAGGCGAUAAUUGAGUACCUCGACGGGGAUAGCGACGAUUUUCUCGAUUUCGAAGAUUUCGUGCGGCUGAUGGUGGAGGAGGACGGCGGCGGAGAUAGGGAGGAGGAUCUGAGGGCGGCGUUUGGGGUGUUUGAGAUGGAGAGCGGGUCGGGUCGGAUCACGGCGGCGGGGCUCCAGCGGGUUCUGGGGAAACUGGGGGAUCCGAAAUCGUACGAUGAGUGCGCCGCGAUGAUUCGGGCGUUCGAUUUGGAAGGGAAAGGGGAAUUAGGGUUUCAUGAGUUUCGCCAAAUGAUGAGAUGACAAUUAUAAAAAAAAAAUUAAUUAAUUAAAAAAAAUAAUAAAAAAAAGAGAAAAUAAUAAAAAAAUGAAUUUCAAUUUCAAUUUCAAUUUCAAUUUCAAUUUCAAUUUCAAUUUUAUAUAAGUCAAUA